CAAGUCUCACUUAGUUUCCUUGUGGUCCCAAACUUGGAUUUGAAGGCAGCCAGAGACGCUUUUGUUGGAGCGCCGGAGAAGGUCCUCUGGGCUUCCUGUAUCUUCAGGAACUCUCAGCUAGAGGAUGGGUGACUGGAGUGCUCUGGGCCGCCUGCUGGACAAGGUCCAGGCCUACUCCACCGCUGGGGGGAAGGUGUGGCUCUCCGUCCUCUUCAUCUUCAGGAUCCUGGUCCUUGGGACGGCCGUGGAGUCCGCCUGGGGCGACGAGCAGUCGGCCUUCAACUGCAACACUCAGCAGCCCGGCUGCGAGAACGUAUGCUAUGACAAAUCCUUCCCCAUCUCCCAUGUGCGCUUCUGGGUGCUGCAGAUCAUCUUCGUGUCCACGCCCACGCUGCUGUACCUGGCCCACGUCUUCUACCUGAUGAGGAAGGAGCAGAAGCUGAACAGGAAGGAGGAGAUGCUGAAGGCCGUGCAGAACGAUGGCGGCGACGUUGACAUCCCGCUGAGGAAGAUCGAGAUGAAGAAGCUGAAGCACGGCCUGGAGGAGCACGGCAAGGUGAAGAUGAAGGGCGCCCUGCUGAGAACCUACAUCGUCAGCAUCUUCUUCAAGUCCAUGUUCGAGGUGGGCUUCCUGGUCAUCCAGUGGUACAUAUACGGCUUCAGUCUGGCAGCGGUGUACACCUGCGAGAGAGAACCCUGUCCCCACAGGGUGGACUGUUUCCUGUCUCGGCCCACAGAGAAGACGGUGUUCAUCAUCUUCAUGCUGGUGGUGUCGCUGGUGUCCCUGCUGCUCAACGUCAUCGAGCUCUUCUACGUGUUCUUCAAGAGGAUCAAGGACCGUGUGAAGGGCCGCCAGCCGCCCACCCUCUACCCCAGCGCUGGCACCCUGAGCCAUACCCCCAAAGAUCUUUCCACAGCCAAGUAUGCCUACUACAAUGGCUGCUCCUCCCCCACCGCCCCGCUCUCGCCCAUGUCCCCGCCGGGCUACAAGCUGGCCACGGGCGAGCGCGGUACCGGCUCAUGUCGCAACUACAACAAGCAAGCAACCGAGCAGAACUGGACCAACUAUUCCACGGAGCAGAACCAGCUGGGCCAGCACGGCGCGGGCAGCACUAUCUCAAACUCCCACGCGCAGGCUUUUGAUUUCCCCGACGAUACGCACGAGCAUAAGAAACUGACGUCAUCCGCAGCUGCACACGAGAUGCAGCCCCUGGCGCUGCUGGAGCCGCGGCCGUGCAGCCGGGCCAGCAGCCGGAUGAGUGUCAGGCCGCGGCCAGAUGAUCUAGACGUCUAGCCCCACCUAGGCCCCGUGAGCUUCCUCCAACCACACCAGGCUUCUGGCCAAUAGGAGAGGUGCAGUGGGAGGGACCAGGAAGUAUUUGGGGGAAAUUUUGCAAUGAAAAAGAGGGGCUAAAUCUGAAUCACUGUGUACAAGCGACUCCUAGAGGAUUAGAAGAGACUUUAGAAUAUGUUAACACUGUCAGAGGUACUAUUUUUUGUAUGACUUUACUGAAUCCUUUUAGCUGAGCUAAUCUGGCUUUAAACAAAGCGACUUGGUAAAGUGUAAUUGUACUAAAAUUGACUGGUUCUUAAAACCCAUACCAUAAUCCACUUUGAAAGAAGUUGUAGAUCAUAACUCCUAAUAUCUAAAGGUAUACAACAUUACGUAAUGAAGGACAAACCCAUGCAUACUAUAAGGAUGUUAAGUACAAACACACAGGCAUGCAUAAACACACACACAUACACACACAAGCACAAAACACACAGGCAACAGUCAUUCAACAUUCCGUCGAGAUGUAUUGCACAUAUUCUGAAGAGGUUUAUUUUCGACUUGCUUGAGGGGUUUGACCCUCCAGUCUUAUUUGGCGUAGAAUCACACUUCUAUAUUUCCUAUAACAUCCAAAUUGACUGAUCCUGGAUUAAAUUCUAAUGCGCCCUAUGUUUGCCGAUAGCUUCAACAAAGUGUUCAACUAAUUCUACCAUUAGCAUUGCAUAGAUAAACAACUUAGAGCCUCUUUGGACCCUGUGUUUGACUAAAUGGAAAACCAGGAGAAGAAUGCUCAACAUCAACGUCAAUAAUUAUUUAUUUAUUGCUUGGUAUCUGUAGGAUACUGACCACUAAGAGGAAAAUUUGACUACUAUCCAAGGUCUGUUAUACAAAAACUUUGUCAAGUCACUUCCCAAAAAUCUGCAUAUUUAUUGACGGUACAUAUAAAAAAUGAAAUAAUUGAAUUUGUGAGUCACUAUGGAUUGUUGUCUCCUGAUAAACUUUGAAUUUGUGUAUGGUGUCAGUGUAUGUUUUAACUCUUUUUAUUUGUAUGAUGUGGCGUUAAUGGAGCUAUGCUGUAGAUGAGGCUGUUGGGGUUGGACUGCUUUCGGCUGCUGUAGGAUGAGUUACACAGUAACCUUUAAAACAUAUAUAAUCUGGUUGUAUCUAUGGUCAAGAAAUUAUAAAAAAAGGCUUUAUUAUAAUUAUUAUGAUUAUUAUUAUUAAUAUUAUGAUUAUUAUUAUCUCAUACAAAGCAUUUUCUCUCUUUUUUCCUUUUUGGGGUUUGUAGGGGAAGGCAGUAGAAUGAUUUCAUGUCCUAUUUGACCUAUUUUUUUUUGUUGAGUUUUUUCUAUUAUUUUGUUUAAAGCUCCAUGUAAUCAUUGCUGCUUGAGAAUUAGAUAAUUAGUAGUGUAAAUCGAGCUAACCGUGUCACAAAUAAAAAUGUGAGUUUUUAGAAGACUGCCUUAUAGAUCUGGACUAAUAUUUAGUCAUUUAUGUUCAAAAGAAAGAAGGUAUAUGCCAAUGUAGCUCCACCACCACCACCACACAUGAGUAGGAUGAAUAUAAAUUUGGAAAUUUCACGUUCCUUUUUUUCUCAACUUUACACCUUAGUAUAUCGGUACAACUUUCAUGGAUUUUUCAGCUACAAUGGCCUUUGCACUGAGAUUGAGUGACACUAGGGGUGUAAUAUGAUGCGAAAACUAAGUGUUUUAAGAUAUGCAUGUUACUAAUUUAUUUUUAUCAAUCCACAAUUCACCACAGUGCAUUACUCCAAACAUGAGUCCCUUGUACCAUCAGCUCUGCUCAGGCCACAUGGCAGGAGGCUCACAGUGCAGGAAGGGGUUCCUGUUUAGCAGAUUGGUUCCAUGCAGCCAUGAGGAUCCACUGUUGUACAGUGUGCAGGUGCUUCACCGCAAAACCCGAAACUCAUUCAUGUGAAAGCUAUUUUAACCAAUAAAGUUUUUCUUUCUCAAUAUACUGGUUGAUU